GGUGUGUUCUCCUGCCGCUGUCAGCGUGGGUCUUCCCCUCUUUAACGGGGACGCCGUGAAGGGAGAGUCAGUUCAUAAGGAUUACGUGUCUGUGGUUCGUGCUAGCGCGUUCCUUGUCAGGAUUUCCGUGGCCCAGGAGCGGGUGGGAUAUACGACGGGGUUUCUGGUGAAGAGACUUGGAUAUGGUGGAGAAACAAUGGUGCUGAAGAACGUUGUGGAUAUCGGAUAGAGUUGUGAGGAGCCAAGGAAGAAGGAGAAAACCUGUGUGUCCUCGGAGGAACUUGGAAGUUCCAACCGUCUCCGCCCAGAACCGUCACCGCCGAUACCACCCCGGGGGCAAGCCGUCGCUGACUCGUGGAAUCUCCGAAGGCGGAGCGACCGGCGCCUUUGCCUUCCACCCCUCUUGCUUGGAAGUGGGAACGGACCGUUCCUCUCUCUCCUUCUAUCUCCCUCGCCGCCGACCACAUACCCCUCAUUCGAGACGCCCCGCGUGCUAGCGGCGGCAGUGUGCAGUUGGGUCUCGUGCUGUCUGCUUGUGCUUCGUGUUCCGGCCACCAUGAGGUGGUCGACCGUCGUUACCCCAUUUGGAUUAGUACUGCAGCCGGCAUGAGGAACCUACCUUCCGGGUUCCCCACGGUCCUCGUCGUGUGCUGGUGGCUACCGUUGCUCGCGUCUGCGGCAAGGUACGUGGCACCGGAGGACUGCCGAUGGGAGCCACUUGACGCUACGGGAGUCGCGCUAACUUGUGCUGUGCGGACCCUUACCGGUGGACCUGAACCGACCAACUUCAGCCUCAUCCAGCCGGGUCACACCGCGCGGCUUACCGUUCGCUGCGAUGAUCUACUCUUCCAAAGCGACAUCAUCAACGGGUCUUUCGGACAUCUGACGGGUCUGCGAUCUCUCAGCAUCGAACGGUGCAAGAUAGAGGAUGUGCCGUCGCAAGCAUUCGCCGGCCUCUCCGAACUCCGCAACCUUACGAUACGGACUUACAACACGGACUGGGGAAAGUUCUCCUUACGUCUGGCGGCCGAUAGCUUCGCUCCUCUGCGACAACUGCUUAAGUUGGAUCUCAGCAGGAACAACAUGGAUUACCUGCCCCCGUCGGUGCUAUGUCCGCUAGUGCAGUUGGUGUCGGUGAAUCUGACGGGCAAUCGAUUCGUUGAUGUGUCGAGGAUGGGAUUCUCAGACACGAGGUGCUCGCCGUUUGUGCAGAAGCUCGAAGCGACCAAGAACCGGUUGAGAGUGUUGUCCGAAAAGGGCUUCGCCUCCUUGCGUCAAUUACGUGAAUUGAAGCUGGACCAUAACCAGAUCGCUCGAGCGGAACAAGGUGCUCUGCUAGGUUUGUCGCGUCUGCAGGUGCUCGACAUGGCCCACAACGCGCUCGUGGCCCUGCCUCCUCGAUUUCUGCAGGGCACAGAGAAGUUGUCAGAGUUGUACUUGAGGAAUAAUUCGCUCAGCGCGUUACCGCCAGGAUUGUUUUCUGGACUACACCAGCUAACGAUGUUAGACCUCGCCCAUAACCAGCUGAGUUCCGGCUGGCUCGGUCCAGACACGCUAGCGGACCUUACGCGCCUGGUUGUGCUCGACUUGUCUCACAAUAGGUUAACGAGGCUGGAUGAGACUGCCUUCCGUUCGCUGCACAACUUGCAGACUCUGCAGCUACAACACAACCUCAUCGAGUCAAUCGCAGAUAACGCAUUCGCGAGCCUCUUUAAUUUACACACGCUAGUCCUGAGCCACAACCGUUUGCGCACGGUUGGAGCUCGUAUCUUUGCUGGCUUAACGUCGGUAGCUGGACUGUACUUGGACCACAACAGGUUGGAGUCACUUCAUGCGGACGCUUUCCACAACAUGACGACCCUGCAAGAGAUAAUUCUCGCCGGGAAUCGACUUACUUCAGUGCCAAAAGUCGUACAGAGCCUUCAACUCCUUCGUUCGCUGGACGUUGCGGAUAACAUGAUCACCGACAUCCAGAACGCGUCCUACCAGGGACUAAGGCAGCUGUACGCACUGAACCUCAUGGGAAACCAUAUUGGUAACCUCAGCCAGGGUGCCUUUCAUGAUGUUCCGUCCCUACGUAUACUCAACUUAGCUCGAAAUGGAAUUCAGUCCAUCGAACAAGGCACCUUCGACGACGUUCCAGAUUUACAUGCUCUACGCCUUGACUCAAAUUUCCUGGACGACGUCAACGGUCUUUUUAGUAACCUGCACGAUCUCAUCAUGCUGAACAUCUCAGCGAAUCGGGUGCGAUGGUUCGACUACGCGCUGAUUCCAAUCGGCCUUCAGUGGUUAGACAUCCACGACAACCAGAUCGAAGCACUGGGCAACUACUUUGAGCUGGAGUCCAUUCUAAAGCUAAGGACACUGGACGUAUCCCUGAACCGCCUCACAGACUUAGAUUCCUCGUCACUACCGAACGGUAUCGAGAUUGUCUUCUUGAACAGCAAUCAACUUCGUCGCAUUCAGCCCUUCACGUUCCUAGGGAAGCAGAACCUUACCCGGGUCGAUCUCACCAACAACAAAUUAGAAACCCUAGAUAUGACAACGUUCCGCCUCAGUGAAGUACCCAUCACUCGUCCUCUGCCCCAGUUCAUGGUGGCAGGCAACCCGUAUUUGUGCGACUGUCAUAUGGAGUGGCUGCAGCGGCUAGGCAACUUGGACGAUUCCCGUCAAUAUCCCCGGGUGAUCGACCUUGCGGACGUAGUAUGUCAUCUGAGUUUCACUCGAAGGAAAGCUACGCUACCCUUGGUCAAAGCGCAUUCGUCCCAGUUCCUGUGCCGCUACAGGAACCACUGCUUUGCUCUGUGCCACUGCUGCGACUUCGAUGCUUGCGACUGUGAAAUGGUGUGUCCAGACAACUGCACCUGCUACUACGACCAGAGCUGGAACACAAACAUUGUGGACUGCAGCGCUCGAACACACGUCGCAGUGCCCAAACAGCUGCCGAUGGAUGUUACUGAGCUCUAUCUGGACGGCAACGACAUUCCCGCAUUGUCUAGCCACACCUUUAUUGGCCGCAAGAACAUGAAGAUACUUUAUCUCAACAGCAGCAAUGUACAGACGAUUCAUAACAGGACGUUCAGCGGAUUAAGGACGCUUCGCAUCCUUCGCCUUGAGCGGAACAGGCUUACUACACUUCACGGCUACGAGUUCGAUGGCCUGGGCGACCUCAAGGAACUCUACCUGUCGUACAACCACUUGACACACAUCAAUAAUGCAACCUUGUUGCCGCUCAGGUCGUUGGAGAUCUUGCACCUCGAUCAUAACUUCCUGCUUGAAAUGUCCAUCUGGAACUUGCAGCUCAACAUGCGCUUGAACCAAGUCCGGCUCGCCGACAACCCCUGGACGUGUGCCUGCCACUUCGCCCAGGACUUUACGGACUUUCUUCAGAACAAAGGGGUUGAUUUGGUGCGUGAUAUCUUCAGCAUUCAGUGCGUUCACAACGAGACUACUGCACUGCCCGUCUGGGAGCUGAAUACGACGUCUUGUACAAACGCGUCUGAAGCAACGGCGCUUGUUCGCCGCUUCCAGAUGGAAGACUUUGUGCCACUGCUGAUUGUUCUAGGGGCAGUGUUCGUGAUCCUUGUAUGUUUGGUAGUGCUAGCCUUUGUGUACAGGCGUGAGAUGAGCGUCUGGUUCUACACCAAGUACGGCGUGCGAAUGUUCGAGCGGGCACCCGCCGAAGAAGAGAAACUGUUCGACGCGUUCGUGUCGUACAGUAAAAAGGACGAAGCGUUUGUAGCGCAAAUCCUCGCACCCGAACUCGAGUGUGGCAACCCUGCUUAUAGACUGUGCCUUCACUAUCGAGAUCUGCCGAUGGCCGGCGGUUAUCUGACGGACGCCAUCACAGAAGCCGUCGAGAGCAGUCGCAGGACCAUAGUAAUCCUCUCUGAACAUUUCCUCAAAAGCGAGUGGUGUCGCUACGAGUUCAAAUCGGCGCACCACGAGGUGCUACACAGUUGCACCCACAAACUUGUGGUAAUCUUUUUAGGCCGAGUAUCUUACAAGGAGCUGGACCCUGACAUCAGGUUAUGGCUCAAGUCAAGUACGUUCCUCCGCUGGGGUGAGAAGCGGUUCUGGGACAAGCUCCGCUACGCGAUGCCCGACACCAGGCAUCGCAAGUCCGCCGUGUCUAGCAACAGGAGCGACGUGGCCAGCGUUGCGGUGCACAUAUGACGAACGGCCCCGCCGAGGGACGUGUACAGUUCGCUACUUAUGGACCUCUCUUGUACAUAAGGAUUGUGUGUGCGUGUGUGCCAACGACUCCUAAGGAUUACUGCUGUGCGAUGACGCGACAUUGUACAGACGAGUGAGAACGCCGAUAUUGAACUCGUGGCUUGGAUAUACAUUGAGUGUGAGUGUGCGUGUGUGAGUGUAAGAAUGCCUUGGGGUGCUGUUCACCCGCUGCAAUCUAAGUCAAGUUUCUUCGAACUGAAAAUUCACCGUGAGCGAAAAAAAAAAAGCAAGGUAAACUGUUAUAUUUUCUGUUCUGUUCACCCUUCGGAGAACUAUGCGCGAGCGCGCGCAACUUUUUCCUGUUUGAUGUUCAUUUGUGUUGCAUUGGACGACCUGGUGGACGAGCAGGUGUAAUUUUCUUGUAUAUAGAUAAGAGUGAGUGUAAAAUAGGUUUUCUUUUUUAAAUGCUGUAACUUAUGAAGGACCUCCUCUGUUUGUUUAUACAACAAUCCAUGAGUUCUCUGUCGACUACUCUAGAAUCCGACACCUUUUUGAGGUACGAUGCUGUGAUUUAGAUUCCUAUGCAGUCCCUAUUCAGAGAAGACAAACGAAAAGACCAUGUCACAGUACCCAGGCAUGUCUCCUCGUAAGAUCUUGUGUUGCAAGAGUCAGUACCCACUGCAUGAACAAAAAAGUGAAUGUUUUCAACAGCAUGAAAUGUUGUUCUAUUCUCAUGCUUAUUUAUUUAUACUUAUUUAAAGUGAAAAAUUUAUUGCUCCACAUUCUUUACAUUUCACCUUCUGUAAGAAAACAAGCUGUCUUUCCCAUUGAUCAUAAUUUCAUGUUUUUACAGACCAAAAUUUAUAGGCAUGUCACUCUACUUACAGAUUGUUUUGGCACACUGUUUUACUGCAUGCCCCACUGUGUUCUUUUAGCUUCCACUACUAUUGACGCUUGAAGAAAAACGUUUGUCCUCACAGGUUGAGAUGAUGCAAAGCGCUAUAAAACUACACAGGUCUCGUUAGUGUAAAUGUGACUCCUUUUAACAGAGAAAAAAAAUCCUUUAUGGCAAUAAAAAGGUGUCGAAACCGUUC